AAGACAUGCUCAACUUUCACGUAAACAAUAAUUGUCAUUAGUUGUACUUGACGCUAUUUUGAAGAAAGAUGCCGUUUGCAUAAAAACGAUGUCAAGUAUGACGUAUCUGCUGUGGAAUUUAAUUUAAGAGGAGCACAGAAACUGAUUCAUACGUCGCGACUUCAAGUUAACAACUUUUAAGCGUUUAACCAUUUUUUUUCUCUCAAAUCCUUGCUGGUCCAAGUAAAAUAAUGAUGCGUGACUCAAGGACUUUAAAGGGUCUCUUUGCCGAUCCUCAGCCGCCAUGCCGAAAAAAUUUUAUCAAAGAAAAUGUUAAGAGUGUUCGUCAAAUGGAAAAGCUGUUUCACUCUAAUGACAAUAAUGUGAAAAAUUUCAAAUUUCAAGUUUCCAAGACAAUCAAAAUGCCAAAUACACAUAUUUUUAAUAAAAAUCAUAGUACAACAAGACACAGUGGUCUGUUAGAUUCAAACAUUGAUGAAAAUGAUGGUGAAUUGACAAAAUUAUUCAGUAAAAAGCUUUGUUUGGACAAUCAAAAUCAUAGGAAAAGAAGUACAUCUGGGCUGACAAACAAAAAAACUAUGGUAAAGAAAUUUGUAAGGCCAUCUAUUCACGGGGGUGUACUUCGAAAGAGUCAACAUGGAUAUAAAGAACAAGCUGUGAAUCACAAAACCGAUGCUAAACAAAAGAUCAAGUCUCAAUCUAUUGGAGAUAUUGUAAAUCAAGGAUCAAAGGAAGAGACUCACAUCAGUGAAAAUAUCAACUGUAAAAGUCAAGGGGUUCAAACAGUAGACACAAAUGACAUCGAAAGUAUUUACUCUGAGGGUAUUAUAAGAUAUCCAUCCGGGAAUGCAAAAAAAGCCGAUAGUUGCCAAUCAGAUAGGGGUGAUAUGAUUUCCGAAGAAAAUGAUUCACCUAAACAAGAUUCGGAUCAUUUGACGCAACAUAGCAGUCCAACUAGUAAAGGAUCUGUUUCUGUUGCAAGUAGAUUGGCAUCUCAACUUAGUAAAACUGGUGCACCACCAGCGAGUUAUCGCGUGGGAGUCGUUCCCAAAUACAUCAAGGAAAGAAAAGAAGCUAUGCAAAAGGAACAGUCAGCUAAAAUUGCGGCCAAACAGUCCGAUUGCCCAAAGGGUCACGUUUCUCUACCUGACAGCGAGAGAAAGGAGACAUUGUGUAUACUGAAAAAAAAUUAUCAGGAAUAUGUUCACGAGCUCAAUGGUCUGCCUAUUAGAACAGAUACUUUGAGAUCACAGAGAAGAAAAAUGGAAAUAGAAAAGCAGUUGGCCAAGUUAGAAGAUGCAAUCAAAGUAUUCUCACGACCAAAAGUUUUUGUUAAAGUUGAUGCAUAA